AAAACUCCACAACAUUCCCUUGAACGUAUACGCGUCCUAUUUAAUUUCCACGUUCUCUCUUAUAUCAUUACUCUUUUCCCUUGAAAACAUCAAGGAGGUUCAAAAUCUUUAACCCCUAAAAAUCAAAAAACAAGGAGAAAGAGAAGAAGAGAGAAGGAACAAAAAAACUCAGAAGCAAUGUCUUAUUCUUCCCUCAAAUUGCCAAUCUUUCUCAUCCUCUCAUCUCUUCUCCAUGCAGCUCUAGGGGAAAACAUCAUUUGCGAGAAUCUGCCAACGAACAUGUGCGCGUUCUCAAUAUCAGCUUCCGGGAAAAGAUGUUUAUUGGAGACGGCUAAUGUCGCCGGAGAAUACACUUGCCGGACUUCCGCGGUUGACGUGGAAGGGAUUGUAAACCACGUGGAGAGCGACGAGUGCGUUGCCGCUUGUGGGGUUGAUCGGAAAACCGUAGGGAUCUCGUCGGACUCAUUGAUGGAGGCAGGAUUCGCCGCUAAGAUUUGCUCGCCGGCUUGCUUGGACUAUUGCCCUAACAUUCUUGAUCUCUAUUUCAAUCUUGCCGCCGGUGAAGGUACCAAAAUCAAAUUUCCAUAUUAAGCACUUCAAAUAAUACUCAUGCAUACAUGAUUAUACGAAUUGCAUACGUGAUGAAAAAUAUUUUGAUGUACAAGGUCUUCUUUUAUUUUUUUGUGCUUAGAAGAUUUAUUAAUAAUGUGAUUCUAGUUUCUUUCCAACAAGUUUUGUUGAGAAAUUCAUACUUUAUUUUCCAAUAUAUGAAAAAAUGUAUUUACCAAAGUAAGAAAUUUUUCAAGGAAUGGCCGUAACUAGAAAAAAGUGUUAGUUAUGGUCUUUAACUCUUUAUCAUGGCUUAUUAAUGAAGUAAGAAUCAUAUAUUUGUGUGUUUUGGUAGAUUCGUCGAGUUUCUUACACAUGCAUUGGAAACUCACUUUCAUGUUUUUUUUUUUGAUAUUUCGUAUCGUCAAAGCAAGGAAUUUUGGUAGGAGAUAGAUGGUUAUGCUUCACUUAACAUUAAAUAAUUAAUAGCGAUUCUCUUUUUCAUUGCACCCUAUAUAUGAUUUUAGGUUGGUAGUAAAUAAAUGAACCAAA